GUGGUACAACACUAGUUAUUUCAAACUUGCGGCAGCGGCUGGGCGUGUGUGUUGUGUUUACUAUUUAAUUUUUCGUAUUUUAUAAAAGAAAGUGCCUUCUAAAAUAGAAAAUGAGUAGGCAUCCUAGGCUAGAAGAAUUCCAAAUGGAUACAAAGCUCUCAGACAGGUCUGGGAGAAGAAUUCCACAUAGACAUUUUCUAUACAAUGAAGAAACUGGUGAAAUUCUGGGACGUACUCCUGGAAGAUGGGGUAAAAUCCUGAUCUUCUACACAAUCUUCUAUGCUGUACUCAUAGCCUUAUUCGGCAUCUGCAUGGUGACGUUCCUACAACACUUCAUCAACCCCAGGGUGCCUCGUCUGCAGCAGGAAUACAGUGUCAUUGGCACCAGCCCAGGGUUGGGUUUCCGGCCGCUGCCCGCUGAUGUUCGAAGCACCCUGAUCUGGUAUAAAGGAACUGGGUACGAGAGUUAUAGGUAUUGGGAAGAACAGCUCAUUGAUUUUUUGUCUGUAUACAAGAAGAAGGGUCAGACCGCUGGCGCAGGUCAGAACAUAUUCAACUGCGACUUUCAGCAUCUCCCGCCUCCUGGCAAGGUCUGCGAUGUGGACAUCAGACGGCUGGACCCCUGCAUCGAUGAGAACCACUUCUCCUUCCACAAGUCUUCGCCUUGUAUAUUCCUUAAGUUGAACAGGAUCUACGGCUGGCGUCCGGAGUUCUACGACAUCCAGCAGCUGCCCCAAGACAUGCCGGUGGACCUGCAGAUGCAUAUCAGGAACAUCACCAACUUUAACAGGGACUAUGCCAACAUGGUAUGGGUUUCAUGCCACGGUGAAACACCAGCGGACAAAGAAAACAUAGGCCCUAUUAGCUACCUGCCUUUCCCCGGCUUCCCAGGGUACUUCUACCCGUAUGAAAACGCUGAGGGGUAUCUCAGCCCCCUGGUGGCCAUACAUCUGCAGAGGCCUAGAACUGGUAUCGUUAUAAACAUAGAAUGUCGCGCCUGGGCUAAAAACAUUAAGUAUGACAGGAGGGAACGCUUAGGCGUCGUACACUUCGAACUGAUGAUCGAGUAGACUACAUAAUCCGUCCAAAAUACGUCUACUUGUCUACCUCGAAUACUGUAAUAUCCCGAAAAUAAUCUUAUAAUAGCUUCCGUCGGCGCUUCCCGAUGGAUUUAAGUCCAGCACGCGGAUAAAAAGUAGCCUAUAUGGCAUAUAGAUAUCUAAGCUAUAUUACUGCUAAGUUUUAUCAAAAUCCAUUCGUUAGUUCUUGCGUGAAAGAGGAACAAAUAAUGUGUUUAUAAUAUUAGUAGUAGGGUUUUAAACUGUUAUUUGAAGAAAAAGACAGCUAAAACGCGUAACAAGAGAAAAUGAAGUAUUUCGGGAUAUUACAGAACAUGGUCUUUUCAGUAGAUCCAGUAGACCGAGUAGACCAAAGCAAUUAGUUCAUAGUAUGUAUUAAGGAUAUAUUUUAAAUGCAAUAAAAGUGUGAGAUUUGACUUAAAAUUGCGGUCUCUCGAGUAGACCUAGUUUUGGAAUCAGAAAAUUGCCAGUGCGAUUCAUUAGAUGUAUGUAUUUUAUAUUUUGUAAGUAAUAGAAUCUCGAGGUAGCUAACAUAUACCUGAAAGUGACAAAGGCAACUAUAUUAGUAAAUAAGUUGAUUUAAAGAAAAUACGGUUAAUAAUGCAAAAAUCAUAAUUAACACAACUCUACUCAAUUUUAAAAGAUUUUUUUUUAAUAUUAUUGCUUUAGAGGCACUAAUUUUAUGUUAUUUUUAAUUUUAUGUAUAUUUUAAAUCUGGAACAUUCCGUACCUAACUCAUUUUUGAGCUCGAUUUUUUUUUUAAAGACACGUCCUAUACUUAAUAGUAACUAAAGAACUUUUAUUAUAAUUAUUAAAACUGGCAGUUUUUACUUACGCUCACCCGUAUCCGUCCAAUUGAAACAAUAUCUUUUUGAUAGUUAUAUUUAUUUUUAUAUUGUAUUGUAUAUUUACAAUAUAUUAUGUGUGUUGUCUUUGUUUAGUAAAUAAGAAUAAUAUGUGUUUUAAAAGUUUUCUUGGAGAGUCAGAAGUUAGUCGAAUCGAUAAAUUCGCCAUUAAGUAUUUCACAGGCAAGAUAAACGUCCGUUUUUUUAUAACAGCUGUUUAUUCUGAAAAUUCAACGUGAUAAUUAAGAAAACGGUGCGUGAAGUUAAGACGAGUACUGCAAAAAACGUGAACUGCGUUUUUAAUUCUGACUCUUCAAGACUCUUUCUUUGUACAGACUGUACCUUAUAGAUAUUAUUAUUAACACAUUUAAGUCCAGUGCCGUUGACAUAUCAUACAAGGUAGCUUGCAUAUAAAUGCACUUUUUAUUAAUAAUAAUAUGCCCUCGACAAUUUUCAACAGCUGUUUUUACCAAUCUAAUAUUUUUAUACAAAUAGUUCUGUAAAGAUCGCGCAUAUAACUUUGCAAAUGUGAAGUUUAGAAACACCUCACACAAGCGCAGUACUGUCUGUGACAGACAAUAGUAGCCAACGUCGGACAAGCAAAACCUCUUGACAUGAUCUAUACCACGGAGAAAGGAAAGAUGAGCGGAGAUGCCAUAGUGCAGAAUUGCAGAUAGGUCAAGCGCCGUCUUCUACGUCAAAUUCGUACCAUGGGCAUGACCAAAAUGAUCAGUAACGAGCUAACCAACGAGGUGUUGUGUACUUUGCGGCAUCCGUCAACGAUUUUUGGUGUUACAAAAAAAAGGGCGAAGACAGUAACGUUCCUCGCUUGCCACACACUCGGAUUUUCCGUUAUGCCACCUCCGCUAGUCAUUUUAUUCUCCAUGAUCUGUGCAAACAAAUGCGCAAGAAGUCAAAUGCCUAACUUCAGAAUUGCAAAGUUAAUUGGCGCGAAUAUAUCUAUGUACUGAAAGUAUCUCCUUGUAAUCUCCUAACAUUUACCAGAAUAUUAGUAAUAAAGACUGAUAUAUCGUUACUAAACGAUUUUUUUUACAAAUAAAUGACAAAACCACUUUUUUAUAUAAGUUUUUUAACUGUACUUAUAGUUUGACUAACUUUUUGUAGACGAAUUAGCAAUUAGAAAUAUGUUUUUUUUUUUUAUAUUAAUUUUGUUUUCAUUAUAUUUAUUUAUAAAUUAAUCGCCUUUUUUAACGCCUUUUAUAAAAGACAUUCAGACUAGGGGCCGAUUUCACACAUCAAAAACAUAAACCCAGUUAUCUCUUCUAUUUAAAUAUAGUUUGUAAACAUUUUCUGGUAAAAUAAGUAGAUCAUUCCUUAAUUGUUUUUAAAUCGAUAUUUUUAUUUCUCCAAAUAGUGAAAUCAGUCCUUAAAUAAGGGUAGAUCAUAAUGAAUCUCAGUUUACGUCCAGUUUUCGAUUUAAUCGAUAUUGCGUCCAUUUUACAUAUUUCUAUGUAUAAUAUAAAUAAUGUAUAAGCUAUGUAUAGCCAUAAGAUGUAUAUUAGAGUGAACGAUUCCUAUACAUAUUGAAGUGCCUGAAUUGUAUUUUUGAGCAAUAAAAUUUUGAAAAUAAA